ACAUUUUUUUUUUAAUUGCGCCACUCGUGCGCUUUGCUUUGUUGUCCCUUCUCAAAUUUUUCUUACUCCUUUCCGGUUUCUUGGGAGGAGGAGGGCGCGCGCUUCCACCUUUCCUUCUGAGGCCACGGGUGGAUCUGCCACACGAUCUAGUUCCGCCCCAAGCCGGGUGGUAAAAAAACCACCACGUGCACCCCACCCCACCCUCCCGCGCCGCUUGUAAAGCUCCACGCCAUACAACCAGGCUCCCGGGGGUGGGGAACUAAGCGACGCUUUUCUACUUCUGCCUGGAGCUUGAGACUGCAGCCGCGGCUGCCGCCGAUCAAUAAGACCCAUUUGCUCCUCUUCGGGCUACAAGAAGGCAGAUGAUGAGAUGUCCGGGGCCACGUCCUCUGCGGACCGGGAGGAGGCAGCAGCCCGCACCAUUUACUUGAACCAGCCCCAGCAGAGCAAGUUCCACGACAACCGGGUCAGCACAGCCAAGUACAGCGUGGUGACAUUUCUACCUCGAUUCUUGUAUGAGCAGAUCAGAAAAGCUGCUAAUGCUUUCUUCCUCUUCAUUGCCUUACUGCAGCAAAUUCCAGAUGUCUCACCAACUGGAAGAUAUACCACCUUGGUGCCACUGCUAUUUAUUCUCACGGUUGCUGGCAUCAAGGAGAUUAUUGAAGACUAUAAAAGACACAAGGCUGACAGUACGGUGAACAAAAAGAAAACAGUGGUUUUAAGAAAUGGGAUGUGGCAGAAUAUUAUGUGGAAAGAGGUGGCAGUGGGAGACUUUGUGAAGGUCACCAAUGGGCAGCACCUCCCAGCAGACAUGAUCAUUUUAUCUACCAGUGAACCUCAGGCGAUGUGCUAUAUUGAAACAUCUAACCUCGAUGGCGAGACUAACCUUAAAAUACGGCAGGGUUUGACCCAGACUGCUUGCCUCCAGUCAAAAGAAGAAGUGAUGAAAACGACUGGGAAGAUAGAGUGCGACGGGCCCAACCGUCACUUGUACGACUUCACGGGAAACCUGCGUUUAGAUGGCCAAAGUCCAGUUCCGAUUGGACCUGACCAGAUCUUACUAAGAGGUGCACAGAUAAGGAACACUCAGUGGGUUUUAGGAAUUGUUGUCUACACAGGACACGAUACGAAACUUAUGCAGAAUUCAACCAAAGCUCCCCUGAAGAGAUCAAAUGUGGAGAAAGUGACCAAUAUGCAGAUUCUCAUUUUGUUUUGCAUCCUGCUCGUCAUGGCUCUAGUGAGUUCUGUGGGUGCCUUACUAUGGAACAGAACACAUGGAGAAGUCAUUUGGUACUUCGGCUCAAACAAAACAAUCCCAGGCAAUUUUGGAUACAACCUGCUCACCUUCAUAAUCUUGUACAACAACCUCAUUCCCAUCAGUCUGUUGGUGACUCUGGAAGUCGUGAAGUUUACUCAGGCUCUUUUUAUAAACUGGGACAUAGAUAUGUAUUAUCAUGAAACAGAUACACCUGCAAUGGCCAGGACUUCAAACCUUAAUGAGGAACUCGGCCAGGUAAAAUACCUGUUUUCUGAUAAAACAGGCACCUUAACAUGCAAUAUUAUGAACUUUAAGAAAUGCAGCAUUGCGGGAGUAACAUAUGGUCACUUUCCGGAACUGGCAAGAGAAUGUUCAUCAGAAGACUUCAGUCAACUUCCUCCUUCCACCAGCGAAUCUUGCGAAUUUGAUGACCCGAGGCUGCUGCAAAAUAUUGAGAGCGAUCACCCCACAGCUACUCACAUCCGAGAAUUCCUCACCCUCCUGGCUGUGUGUCACACCGUUGUCCCAGAAAGAGACGGAAACACAAUCAUCUACCAGGCCUCUUCUCCAGAUGAAGGAGCCUUAGUCAAAGGAGCAAAAAAGCUUGGCUACGUCUUCACCGGACGGACUCCGGAUUCUGUGAUCAUCGAUGCGCUAGGAAAAGAAGAGACAUACGAGAUCCUCAAUGUAUUGGAAUUUUCAAGUGACAGAAAACGAAUGUCUGUAAUUGUUAGGACUCCGGAAGGGCGCCUGCGUUUGUACUGCAAAGGAGCUGAUAACGUCAUUUUCGAGAGACUGUCCAAAAAUUCCCUGUAUUUGGAGCCAACACUCUGUCAUCUUGACUAUUUUGCCACAGAAGGUUUGAGGACUCUGUGCAUUGCAUAUGCAGACCUAUCGGAAAACUCUUACCGGGAUUGGCUGACCAUCUAUAAUGAAGUCAGCACGGAACUGAAGGACAGAACUCAGAAGCUGGAGGAGUGCUAUGAGAUCAUUGAGAAGGAUUUACUGCUUCUUGGUGCUACGGCCAUUGAGGACCGCCUUCAAGCAGGUGUUCCAGAAACGAUAUCCACUUUAAUAAAAGCAGAAAUCAAGAUCUGGGUCCUAACAGGAGACAAACAAGAAACAGCUCUGAACAUAGGAUAUUCCUGCAGGCUCGUGUCCCAGAGUAUGACCCUCAUCCUUGUGAAUGAAGAUUCUCUGGACGCAACGAGAGCUACACUGACUCAGCACUGUGCAAACCUGGGUGAUUCUCUGGGCAAAGAGAAUGACAUCGCUUUGAUUAUCGAUGGUCAGACGCUGAAGUACGCUCUUUCCUUUGAGGUGCGGCAGUCCUUCCUGGAUCUAGCGCUAUCGUGCAAAUCUGUCAUCUGUUGCAGGGUGUCUCCUCUGCAGAAGUCUGAAAUAGUAGACAUGGUAAAGAAGCAUGUGAAUGCCAUCACCCUGGCCAUUGGGGACGGUGCCAAUGACGUGGGGAUGAUCCAGACAGCUCACGUUGGAGUGGGGAUCAGCGGCAAUGAAGGCAUGCAGGCGACCAACUCCUCCGAUUACGCGAUAGCCCAGUUUUCCUACUUGGAGAAGCUGUUACUUGUCCACGGAGCCUGGAGUUACAAUCGAGUAACAAAAUGCAUAUUGUACUGCUUUUAUAAGAACGUGGUUCUGUAUAUUAUAGAGCUUUGGUUUGCAUUCGUUAAUGGAUUUUCUGGGCAGAUUUUAUUUGAGCGGUGGUGCAUUGGCCUCUACAAUGUGAUUUUCACGGCAUUGCCUCCCUUCACCUUGGGAAUCUUUGAGCGGUCGUGCACUCAAGACAACAUGCUUAGGUUUCCCCAGCUCUACAAAAUUACUCAAAAUGCCGAUGGGUUCAAUAGCAGGGUGUUCUGGGGUCACUGCAUCAAUGCUUUGAUCCACUCCAUCAUUCUCUUUUGGUUUCCAUUAAAAGCCCUGGAACAUGAUGCGGUAUUUGCAAGUGGCCAAAGUGUAGACUACCUGUUUGUUGGAAAUAUAGUUUAUACGUAUGUUGUGGUGACGGUCUGCCUGAAAGCUGGCUUAGAAACCACAGCAUGGACAAAAUUCAGUCACUUGGCUGUUUGGGGAAGCAUGCUGCUCUGGCUGGUCUUCUUUGGAGUCUACUCCACCAUCUGGCCCAUCAUUCCGAUUGCACCAGACAUGCUGGGGCAGGCAGGAAUGGUGCUGAGGUGUGGAUACUUCUGGCUCGGUUUAUUUCUGGUGCCCACAGCGUGCCUUGUUAAAGAUGUGGCGUGGAGAGCGACCAAGCAUACCUACCAUAAAACAUUGCUGGAGCAGGUUCAAGAGAUGGAAGCUAAGUCCAAAGAGCUGGGGAAAUCUAUGCUGCGUGAUAGUAAUGGAAAGAGCAUGAACGAACGGGACCACUUGUUAAAAAGGCUUGGCAGAAAAACCCCUCCAAGUCUCUUCCGUGCUCAUUCUGUCCAGCAAGGUGUCUCACACGGGUACGCGUUUUCUCAAGAGGAGCACGGGGUCGUUUCCCAGUCUCAAGUCGUCCGAUCCUACGACACGACGAAACAGAGACCUGGCGUCGAAUAACGGCGGUCCUUUUGCUCAGCUGGUGGCUGGAGUAAUAAGAUCAGGAUCAAUGCGUCCACUGUUAAUACAUCCUCGACUAAGGUUGGCAACAGCAGCGUAAACACCAGAAAAGAAAACCCUUUUUACUGUGGCCUUAGCCAACGAGUUUGUUAUGUACGCUUCUCGCAGACCUUGAGCACACAUCGUAGGGCAAAACCCUCAUCUGAAGCCGGCUGCCUUGCUCUGCCUCACAUUUGUUUACCUUGUUUAUGCAGCAGUUUGGCUGUGCUCCACGAGGUGUGAAAUUGAAAACCAUUUUGUUUUUGCCACGGUUUUAAAAAGAAAGGGAAGCGGGGGGGGGGAGAGAGAGAGAAGUAGUAGUUCUGGGGAAAGAAGUAACAGUGGUUGUAUGUUCUGUGAGAGAUCAGCCAAAUUUGGAUAGGAGCGCUGGCAUUUCCUGUUUUGCCAUGCCCAGAUCCAAGCGCGCAAAGGGUGCAUGUAUGAAACCUUUGUAAUGUUCACUGUUUAUUUGACUGAAAGGCUCGCGGAAAGAGCUGGGAGGCCAGGAAAACAAAUGCAUCAUGGAGAGAGUGCGGGAGGGCAGGAAUGAUGGUCCCAGCAACAAACGUGGCCAGCUCGCUUCAGGAGGAAUAAGCGCUCAGAGAUGCAAGCCAGCAUCAUAUAAAAUAGGUUGCAGAGACAUUGGCUAUGUACGCAGCAGCUUAGCGGGAGAGGGGCACUUACCAUAGGCCCUGCAGCACAGCCAAGCCAUGAGUCUCCCCUGGGAGUGACAUGGUGACUUGGGCGCCUGCAGUCACCAUGCUGGCUUGCAUCCACCCACCGCCGCCUCCUCACCUGGAGGGCGGCUAUGGAGGGGAGGUGAUGGGCAGACUCCAUGCAGGCCCCACCCAGAGCACCCUGCCCGGCUCGCCUGUCCCCACAGUUGGCUCACCCCUGGGCACCCGAUCGGCUAGCUACAUCGCUGUGUGUAUGUGGCACCUACAGAAUUCCCCCUUGUGCCGCAAUAUCUAUCCAUCACCCUGGUCGUCUGCAUGGAGGGACGUGGGUGAUGUUUGCAUGGCAUUCUGCUCAAGAGGCACCUCGAAACAGCAGUUUAAAAUGCAGCCUUUUCCCUGGACACCCAAAGCACCAGCAAUUCCAGCUGCUCUGAAUAUAUUUCCUGCGAUCCACAGAAAUGUUCUCCCAUCCUAUGCGAAGAGUGCAGAGGGAACAACCCAGCUUCAAAGUGCGGGCUAGAUAUAUGCCAGACAUUUAAAGCACAUGACUUGUGCCCCACCCCCUGCAGAGGAUCCUGGGAACUGUUGUUGGUUAAGGGUUCCAGGGGCUGUAACCCUGUGCGAGGUGAACUACAGUUCCCAGGGUUCUUUGGGGGAAGCUACAUGCUUUAAAUGUGCCACAGAUGUAUGCUUUGUAAGCAGCUAUGGAUUUCGGCAUUUUCUUCCGCUUUGCUUGCGCUCUUCAUACUGGCCUUUUCUGAGAAGGUCCAGACAGCUGGUGCCUUAACAUCCCCUGCUUGUAGAACCAACGAGCACUUCUGGGAGGAGAGGGGAGCAAGAGCCCAUUUUGGAUGAACCUAUGCUCCUUGCAGCAGCAUCUUUUCUCCACCAAACUGGUAAAAUAUUGCAGAUCCUUCAUUUGUUAUUACGUUUAGGUACCACUUUUCCUCCAAGGAACUGAGGGCGGCAUACAUGGUUCUGUCCUCACAACAACCCUGUGAAUUAGGUUUGUUGUAAAGGGGAAGCCAAUGUGGGGAGAAAAGAUCUCCAAGAAAGAAGGAUCAGGAAAAUCAGAUAUGAAUGAACCUGAUGCUGACCUAAGUUUCUCAUUUUCUGUUCAGCACUAAGAGAAAUGGCCCAAGAAAACCUUGAACAUCCUGGCAUAACUACUUCAGGGAAAUAUUUUUCACAAAUAGCCAGAGAUUAUAUCUUACAAACAGCAUAGGCUUUAAGGUUGCCAGCUUUUUUUCUGCAAGGGCUCCUGUGCUUUAACAGCGGGACCACAGGGAGAAAUUCAGCAAAGGAGAUAGCAAUUGGGGGGAUGUGCCAGAUUUCCCUAUGUUGUGCAGCUGUCAAAAGCACAGAACCGCCCCGCCCCCCGCCCAAAGGGGGAGGGAAACAUGGACACGCCUAGUUAGCAUUACAGUUGGCAAAGCACUGGUUCACUGGGCCACCAGAGGCGAGUUACCACAGCCCUUGCCUCCCUGGAUCAUGCAGCAUUUUGGUUUCCAGGUGUGUUUCUGAAAUGACAAGAAAUGCAGAGAACUCUUGCUUUGUUGAUUGUCUCGCUUUCUGGAUGCCCCAUCCAGCCUUCUUCUAGAGCAGGAGUGGGGAACCUCUCGCCCUCCGGCUGUUGCUGAGCUGCUGCUCCCAUCGCUCCUAAAUCCAUUGGCCAUUCUGGCUGGCAGUUUGAGUCCAACAGCAUCUAGAGGGCAACAGGUCCUGGAAGAAGCACGAGCCGUUGGAUUCACCCAGUGCUGUUCUUCAAACAAUCCUUAUUCAUUCUUGUAGCCAGACCACGUUUCUGAAUAGCAUAAUGUAAACACUGUUGCUUGUCUUGAGCCACAUUUCUCAGUUACCCCAUGCGCUGUGCAUAGGCCCUUAAAAUGCCGGCUUGGGGUUUUGUUUUUGCCCUUUCCUUGACCGCCCUCUGGAGCUUAAAUAUUGAUUUAAGUGUAUCCGAAAAGCUAUCCGCAUAUGAAUAUUUAUACUCAUCAAGCCAAAGGAAAACAGCCUCUUGGCUCCCUCCCUGGCCGAAUCAUUCGAAAGGAUUAAUUCCAGUGCUUGAGUGCCACCAUUCAGUCCCUUCUCGGUGCCACCUCUGGCCUCCCCUCCCCACAUGGAACGCAGAGCUUAAUGAUCCAGCAGCCUUCUGCAUGGUUUUGCUUCAACCAUAAAUGGAGGGGAGAGGUAGAAAUCUCUCCAUCCUGCUAGUUUGCAUUGCUAAUAGGGUAGGGGAGAAGGAGGGAGGGAGACACAUUUAUGCAAAAAGGGAAAGUUGAAAGGAAAAUUGCCAAUAGUUUUGGAUGUCAAGGGGCCAAAUGUGAGUGUGAGAUUGUGUUUCCAUGUGUUUUUUGUAAGCGUACGAGGUGAAGCAUCAUGACGAAGAUUCCAAGAGAAGUGAACAAUCUGUUCAAGGUGGAAACAAGCUAACUAGGACUUCCUAUUGGACUCAUUGGGACUUGCUUCUGAGUAGAGCUUCAUAGACUCACGCUUCAGAAUCACUCUAGCAUUUUCUGAUUUACGGAAUAGCUUAUGAGUCUUUUAUUCUCUAAUUAAUGCUAAGGGACAGUGAGAGUUGUAGUCCAGCAAUAUCUAGAGAGACACAAGUUUGCCACCCCUGAAUCAGGGGCCCGCGAGCCAGCAAAAAUCAAGCGUUGUAAAGCCCCAGUAAUUUCAAUGCAUGCGGAGAAUGAUUUUGCAGUUGAGAUGGACAGGAUUUAGAUGCAGCUAAGCUUUGGCUGACUCAUGCCCUGAGUCAGCAUGGAGAAUGCAGGCCUGGUGGCACCAGGCAGUGUGGUUGGCCAAAGGGCCUGGCACCACCUCCGUUCUGCAGCCUCCAGUUGCAGUGCCACUUCUGCUGCCUCCAUCCACAUUGCCCGUCCGCGGAUAAGGAGAUGCUUGGAGGAUGGAGCUUUGGGGAGGGGAGGGGAGAUGCGGGCAGCCCUCACUCAUGGGAGGAGGGCAUGCUGAGGACCCAUGCCAAGGUGGGGCCAGAUCCUCAUUAGUAAGUUUCGCUUUCUACAAGGGAAGGCACAAUGCCAGAUGAGCACCUAAAAUCUAAGAGAGCCUCUCUCUGCCAACCUGGCGACUUCCAGGUGUUUCGGAUUACGACUCCCAUCGUCUCAGACCAUUGGCCAUGCUGGCUAGGACUGAAGGGAGCUGUAGGCCCAAACACCAGGUUGCAAAAAGCUGGUCUACAACGAAUUCCAGGUACUCAGCUAUUUCCAUGCAAUAUUCUUAAAUACGAUAGCCCCCUCCCCCUUUCAUUAAAGUAGACUGGAUAUGGCAAGCAUUUCUGGCUCAUACAGUGAGACAAGGGUGUGUGAGAGAGAGAUAGCACAGAAAUUAUUUUACUCAAACUGGAGGCAGAGGAUAGCUGAAGGCAGUGAAACCAGGAUCUCUGCUUGUCUCUGGUAUGUAGGACAUGCAGGGCUUUCUAUUUUGUUUCUGCAAUAACAACGCUGAUUCCGAUUAUAACGAUACUUAGCUUUUGAAUUGUGCUGUUGAUUUUUCAGAGUAUUUCACAUGACGGAUCUUGUCACAACAACCCUGCGAGGUCAGGGGUGAAGCCCAAGUGUUGGCAUGCAGAAUGUCCCAGCUCCAGUCUCUGACACCCCCAGGCAGGACUGGGAAAGGCUCCUGCCUAACAUCCUCGAGAGCCACUGCCAGUCAGUGUAGACAGUCCUGUGCCAGGUGGACAAAUGGUCUGGCUCAGUACAAGACAAUUACCUAUGCUCAUUAAAGGAGGUCAGUAUUAUCAUCAUCCCCCAUAUUGCAGCUGAGGCUGAGGUGCAGCAUCCUACCUUUUGUGUUUGUGGCAGAGGUGAGAUUCAAACAGGGGAACUCCUGAUUUGUAGCCCAAUGGCUUGCUUCUGUGCUACGCAUGGAAAAUCUGUUUGACCAGUGGAACCAAAGAAAUAUACCAUAUUUUCCCAUCUAUAAGACGCUCCCAUGUAUAAGACACCCCCUAUUUUGGGACUCAGAUUUAAGAAAAUAGAGGGGGGUGGCCCCUAAAUUUUGACAUUAUUUUUAAAGGGAAAAACCUAGUCUUAUACACGGAAAAAUAUGGUAAGUGUGUGGGCAAUUGGAAGCAAUGUGGCCCCUCUCUCAAACCCCUUCCAACUCUCUUAAAAAAGUACUUUCUCCAUCCUACCCCAGUUAUUUGCUUAAUCAGGCAAAGUGAGCAGGGUUGGGAAGGAGGGGCUGUCUAUUGACAAGAUUUAUUUUCCUACCAGAGGCAACGGUGGGGCUGUCAUUCUGACCUGUCUCUAAGCUAAGGUCAGCCAGUGUCACAUUCAAGCUCUCUGCAGAGUAACUAGUGAGAUACUUGUGUUAGGUGCAUGCUCAACCGAAAUUACAUUCAGUUCUUGUCAUGCGACUAUAUAGUAUGUGACAUUAGGCCCGGCAGGUCAAACCUUUGUCAGCAUGGGAGGCAGCCUUAAUCUGGAUCUGGGUUAAUCCUACAAAACCCGCCCAGGUCAAGACCUGGCAUUCUUCACGUCCCCUGAAAUCAUUCCAAACACAAACCUAUCCUAUCAUCGCCUUCCUUGACUUCUCGUCUUAGUGAACAAGCCAAUUGUGAAUGAGAGAGAGAGAGAGAGAGCGCAUCCUGGCCACAUUAUCAGCCAAAGGGAAAUCAGCCCCUUGUACAAACAUAUUCCACAUCCAUUGGCAGAGAGUCACUUUUGAAAAUGUUGCAGGAAAUUGUUAUCAGCUCAACAGGGUAGCGAAGCAGAAUAAGAUGAAGCUUUUUGUUUGGCAGUCUAGGUUGAGGAUUCCAUGCUGAUAAUUUAAAAAUAAAAAUGUUAAGAGGAAGGCAAAGGUCUCCUUAGCAGCUCUCUACAUUGACCAACCUGCCAGCUUUUCUUGAACAGUCAGGGGAGAAGCCAAAUGCCUGCCUUCCCUUGUUAAAAAACAGAUACGGCUUGUUCCUUUGGACAAAUAUAUGAUGCUCUGCCAGGGCCAAGAUGCAAGAGAUGCCAUUCCUUUAACAAGUGUCUUGUCACAAAUUAAAAAACACGGAGCAGGGUUUUGAGUCAAGCUCUGCUGAGAGAUCCAUUGACAUUUUCUGUUUCUUGACAGGGAAGUCAGUAAUAACUUGUCAAGAAGAAACAGUGAAUUGCUAAUAAAACAAUCGGAGUCAAGACCGGUUGCUAAAGGUUUUUUUUUUUUAAUGUGCCAGCAGAGCAAAUGUGAAGUAUAUGGACUGUAAAUUAAGAUAACAGUCUAGCCUUGCUAAUCUGCACUUUGCCGGACCACACACUUUUUAAGGCAUCUAUACUUUUUCACUAGUUCACAGCCAACCGUUUUAAACGGCAGAUGCUGGAGCAAAGUCUCCAGUUACUGCGGUUACGUUAUUUUUAGAACAAGCAGGGCUGUGUUUACCAGCAGAUGAUUGGUUGUUGUCCUAAAUAAUUAAAACCAAAGUAAGUUUGACAAAAUAGUGUGGUUUGCCUUGCAUUAUUUGUGGUUCUUUGCUUCCAGCAACAGAAUCCCCUGAGCACAAAGCUGGCAGAGUGUUGUUGGGAUGCCCCACACAGAAAUGAGAUUUGCUCCGCGGUUCUUACAUUGGGAAGUAGACAGCGGCGUCGCUAGCCUUCUGGCUGCCCAGGGUGGCAAACCAGAAGGCACCCCACCAGGGGGAGGGGCGUCCGUUGUGCGCAUGCGUCAUGACGCAUGUGUCACGACACACGCCUCACGAUGCACGACGCACAUGUCGCGCUGUGGAGCAGGUUGCCAGGGGGCAGUACUCCAGCGCCCGGAUCCGAGGAUCCGGGCACUGGCGCACUGCCACCGGCAACCCACUCCAAAGCGCGAUGUGUCCUUCUUCCUACUCAGGCGGAGAGGUGAGAGACGCCCCUCGCCGCUCCGCCUGAAGAAGCACAUGUCACACUAUGGAACGGGUUGCCGGCGGCGGUGCUCCAGCGCCUGGAUCCGAUAGCAAGCCGAUCGGCAACCCAUUCCAUAGCGUGACGUGUGCUUCUUCCUACUCAGGCAGAGCGGCGAGGGGCGUCUGGAAGCUCUGGAGCCAACUGGUGCUUGGAGGUAAGAUUCAAAUUCUCUUGUGUGAGCCAGAUAGUCCCUCCCCUUACCUGGCCAUCCCUGGCAACACCUCCCCAGGCAGGAUUGGACGCUGGGCUUGGGUAGGCGGAGACUCCUGGCAUCCUACCUGGGAAGGCAACACCAGCCCCGAACUAUCAGGGAGUUGUCUCUGGGACCAGGGGGCCGUGCGCGUCCAUGCAAAAGUUGCCCCCCAUUGAUGUUUGGAGCGAUCAUUGUCUUCUUCCUACUCAGGCAGAGGCGGAGUGACGAGGGGUGUCAGCGGCCGCCGCUGACGCUGCUCUCUGGCCCGCCCCUUGCCUCUGCCCCACCAGGAAGAAGCGAGGGGUGAGGCCAGAAACAUCGGGGCCUCCGUGAUGGCGGUUGCGCCGCCGCCACAGUAGCAAGGGGGUGCCGCGCUGCCCCCCGCAGAGCGGAGCCCGGGGCACCCCGCCCCCUAUUGCGACACCCCUGGAAGUAGACAGAUCACUUCAAGGAAGCAUAGACAUAGCAGAAGCAGAAAAGAGCAGAGGUAGAAUGGGAAGGGAAAGGUGGAAACUGGAGGAGGGCAGUCCAAGAAAGACAAAACAUAAUAAAGUCCAAUAAAGACAGAGAAACAUAUUAAGAGAAAAACUGUCAGAGGAAGUUUUCUGAAAGAUUGCUAUGUGUGGCUUGAAAUUGCCACCAGGAUCUGCAAAUAUUAAUUAUCCUAUUUACAGCCCUGUCACUUUGCACCACAUGCAGUGGUGUAUUUGUUUUGACUGUAUUUACAUAGGAAAACAGGGCAAACAUCUAAAUCAUGGCCCACAAUUUAGAACUCAAAGUGUGACCACGUAGUCCGUGGCACAUGCAUGUUAAAUAUUCAUAUCGAUUUUUAAUAGUAUUUUUAUUGCUUCUUGUAUUUUACAGAAGCACAUGGAAUGCACAUUGCAGAACAUUAAAAUACAACAUAAGAAAUAAAAGAAGCAACAAAAAUGCAGUUAAAAACCCAUACAGAAUCUAGCACAGUGCAUUGUGAUGGCUACAGCAGUUGGGGGUGGGGGGGAUUAGCAAUUUUCAAGUGGUCCAUGGGGGAAAAGAUUUGGGAACCACCUUAACAGUUGAACAGCAGCAUCUACAGUGCAAUCCUACCCAUCUCUACUCAGAAGUAAGACCCACCGAUUUCAGUGCUGCUUAUACUCCCCUUGUAAGCGGGUAAAGGAUUGCAGCCUCAGACAACACUACCACAUCGGUGGUUGGCUAAGCCACCUCUCCCUGAACACCCAGACUUCUCAUCGACAAAACUUCUUUUUGGUCUGGAUUUAGGUUCAGCCUGUUUAUUGUUGCUCAUCUCCCUAACCACUGGCCCAAAACAUUCACUAGAACGUAUCUGCAUGACUCCAUCCCUCUUUUCGUUCCACAUUAAUGACAUUUACACAUGGCCUCUCUAGCCUGAGCGAGAGUGGGUAUUUUGAGAGUGAGGGGGGUGUCACAUGUGAAAAUGGUCCCAGUUACGUUUGAGGAGGCAUGAAGAGGUGAUUCACUAUAAGGAGGGGGAGAGGGAGAGGGAGAGGGAGAGAGAGAGGGAGAGAGAGACCUAAAAUCCACUGUUCUUAUGUAGUCUUUCACAAACUGUAAUACUUUGUAAUGUUUCUGUGUAAAGGAGCAAGAGCGUAAUUGUAUAAUUUCCAUACAUACUUGGCUUUACUGCACUUAUCAUUCAUGUAAAUAAAAAGCCUUACCUUUAUUUUUAAAAAAAGUACUCUGAGGAACUAUUGUUUUCUCUUUCAGCUUAAGGCUUGUGUAUCUGAACUUGAAACUUACAUUUAGCUUAUGGUGGAAGAUACUUGCUCCUGAAUGCCUGUAGACUGUUCCACAUUCUUUCCUCUUCUAAAUGCAUCAGGGCUUUUUUUAAAAAGUACUGUAUGUGUACUUUAGUGCUGGGCCAAAAUCUCAGAAUUCUCUGAGGAUUUUCUUUUUCAGACUUCCCUCAAAAUGUUGGAGUCAGUCAGCAAAAUGUAUACACUAAAAAAUAACAAACCCAUAAAAACUACAAUAAAAUUGAGAGAUACAUUUUAAUGAUCCCCAGCAGACUAGACCCCAUUGUGUCAGAACAAUUGAAGAAUUUCAGUCCCAUCUCAGAGAAUACCUGGCAAAAAAUUCCCUGCAACUUCUCCACCUAACAAGGUAGAGAAUUUCAGGCACAGCUGUGUUUCUAAGCUAAUGUAUUUUCAUAAUGUUGAAAGAAGCCAUGGAUCUGGCCCCUGCUCCCUGCAGCCCCAUUGCUUCCUUCAUCCGCCUAUAGUACAAUUUAUCAGAAUUAACUGUGCCAAAAUUUUCUCAGUAGAGACUGAGAACUUUUCUCAAAAUGUUAUUUUUACACACACACACACACACAGUUGGCAAAUUCUGCUUCCAACAGAGAUUAUUCAACAAAAUGUGUUCCCUCCCCAUAUUCAACCCUCCACAAAUAAUGCAGAGAAAUUUGGGAGGCUAUUAUGUCCUCAUUUUACCUUCAUUUUGAAUCCCUCAGCAAAUUCCAUGGCCAUGGAAUCUGUAGUGGAAAGGCUCUAAGAUUAGUUAGGCUGCAAUUCUAUGCCUACUUACUCUCAAGCAAAGCCCAUUGAACUGAAAAGGGUUACCAUUGAGUAGGUUUGCACUGCUAAUGAUCAUUGUGCAUUUUCUUAACUGGUUUGAAUAUUGGGGGUGAUUCUUCCUUUAUACGGUUGGCUGUCAUGUGCGCAUCCUCAAAUGGAAAGGUGGAAUACAUAUUGACUGAAAUUAAUAAAAAGAUUAAAAUUAAACAGGGAGACGCAACUGAUGAGAACACAUCGCUCAUUCCAACUAAGUCUUCAGCCAAGCCAUCACCAGAGGCUCAAUCAGAUAUAUAUAUAUAUCACCAAGGGAAUUUAGCCUGCAUAGAUCAGCAAAGAAAUCAACUCCUGCAAUCAAGAAAGAGGAAAAGAAAGGCUUCUGGUGCACGUCUGAAAGUAAUGCAUGUAGGUACACAGUGCAAGUUUACUCAGAAGUAAGCCCCAUUCAGUUCAAUGGGUCUUGUGCCCAUUCAAGUAUGCAGAGGACUGCACCCUUUUGACCCUAUGGUGGCCAUAUCCCUUACGGCAAAGGGCACUACAAGUCAAGUCCAAAGUCUAACCUGGAAGUCGCCAAUGUGUUGCCCGCAGGUGCACAUGAAUUCUGGUUUCAUCAUUUUAUAGUUUUUAACUUAGUUUUGUUUUCAUUGGGUUGAGUGUCCAUAGACCACUUGUGAGACGAUUGUAAUUAAGUAGCAUAUAAAUUGUCAGAAUAAAUAGACAGGUGCCUCCCUGCGCUUUCAAGUUCGACUUGAAAUAUGCAUUCUAUUGUAGUCAAUAGAAAGGAACAAAUGAUGUUUGCUAGGCCUCUCUGACUGGCCCUUGGGAGUUUCUGUAGCCUAUCCCCCUUCCCCAAGCCAAGCCCCUCACUAGACCCGCCCUAGGCCCUCUUAUUUGGGUCUUAUUUGGCUGGAAUGUGUCUUGCAGGCUUAGAUGGAGUGUGUGUAUGUUUGUGUGUAAAGAAACCAUGCUUUUCUCAUGGCUCAAAUAUAGGUAAGAGUCACAUCUAUUGCUCUGGCCAAUUUUGCCUCUGGCACCACCCAUCACUGCAGGAAUUCCCCACAAGGCUGGGGCGGGGGAGUGCCCUACCCUGAUCUAAAGGACUUUCCCAAGUUGCAUUAUUUCAUAUUAAUUCAAAUGGCAUGGCCUUCAGGCAGAUGCAAACGAGUUCCACCCCAUAAAAACCCCAUAGUGCAUUGUCUCAAGACGCUGCAGUGCCGCUGUUUGAUGUAAGCAUUCCCUCCUUGAUCAGACAUGGGCUACGCUGUGUCCUGGUGAGCGCUGCUACUGAAGUGGGAUGGCCAGAGAACUGAAUGAAGAGAAGCUACCAUUAUUAUUGAGUUGGAAAGUCUCAGAGAGAGUGAGAGGAAAAGAGAGAUAUUUUCAAUUUAACAGUAGGAGCCAGUUGUUUUGUGUCUUGACUACCUUACUGGGUGGUUUCGCUGAGAAGAUCUUCCAGAUGUAAUUUUGGCAUUAAUGAAUCUAUUCAGGGGGAAAAACAUCUGCUGGGCUGCUUAGGAAACACAAUGAAACAGCUGUUGUGUCCAUGGUCUUUGCUUUCCACUCUGGUCUUCUUCCUUCAGGAAAAUAGAUGGAGGCUAUUUGAGUUCAGACGCCAUUAAAAUUUCUCCUUGCCUCACUUCCAGAAACAGGAUUCCAGCUAAAAUUAAACAAUUCGGCCUCUUGCAAUUUAUACAGGGUGGGUGGUGGGAAGCAGAGUGGCCUCCCUUCAAGUUCAAAAGUGCAUGCCGUUACACAAACACCCUCAAUGUAGACAACAUUUUGGGCAAAUAUCACCCAUCUUGAGUGGAAGGAAAUAUAUAAAAAUAAAAUAAUUGUCCAGUAGCACCUUAGAGACCAACUAAGUUCAUAUCAAGCUCAUAUCAAGAAUAAACUUACCAGUUGGUCUCUAAAGUGCUACUGGACAAUUUUUAAAAUAUAUUUCUACUGCGUCAGACCAACAUGGCUACCUGCCUGAAUCUUGAAUGUAAGGGUUCUUCUGCUGUAUCUAUCUAUCUAUCUAUCUAUCUAUCUAUCUAUCUAUCUAUCUAUCUAUCUAUCUAUCAUUAUUGGAGAAAGGAGGUCUGAGCCUCCUUGUCUGAUAAUAUGAAAAUGCUUAACAGUGUAUUCCCAUCAUUGUCUACUCAGAAGUCGCACUGAGUUCAACAGGGAUUGUUGCCAGGUAAGUGGCCAUGGGACUGCAGUCUAAACGUUUUUUUUAGGUUUAAUUCUGGCUCCAAAGAGAAUCCCGCGGGAGAAACACCUCUGAUAUAAGGAGAACAUUUAAGUGGCUCCCAGAAACUGGGAGAAACUUCUUGGCAGUUGAGUGGGACUGUUCCUCAAUUCCUCAGGUGUUGUCGUCUUUUCCUUCAGUGAACGCCCUCUGGCAGUUUAAGUACAGCAUUGUGUUACAGUUGGGGUUGUUUCCCUUCCAGAGGGACCAAAGAAAGAUAAUUUGUACUUAUGUUUUGUGACAGUUUGGCAGGGAGGGGAAUUAGCAAAUCUGUAGCUUUGAACAAGCUGAUGUGUGUAUGCGCAAAAAAAAUAUUUCCAAUAAAACUUUUACUAAAAGAGUCAAGAAGGGUUUUGCUUAUUUUGGAUUUUUUAUUUGUUUCCCACCCCAUCCAUCCAAACUCCAGGCUAAUGUGAAAUUUGACAUCAAAUGCACUCAAGGGGUGUGUCUGUAAAUUGGGCUGUUAUUAGUCAUUACCUUCGUCACAGAGGAAGACAAGCAGGUCUCAGGUACCACCAGCUGAGACCAGGUUCCGGAUACUGAACCCAAGGCUGGCAGUCAGGAGCCUGGAGAACCCAAGUGAGGACUCUUGCUGAUGCCUUCUCCCAAUCCUGAGUGAGUGGCCUGAGGAAUAAGGAAUUUCCCUCUUCAUUAUAUAUCCCUCGGAAGCCACCCAAAGGAGGAAAAGUGCUCACCUUCAGACUGGGGAAUUGGCCCUUUAAGGAUUCACAGGGUUGAAACUUGAGGGCUUGAUUAGGGGUCCCUCCCAGACUUUGCCAUCAUCCCUCUUUGAGCAAGUGUCUCCCUUGGAACUCUCCAUGGUGCUGUAAUCGCCAUCCUACUUCAAGGGUACCUGUUAUGGACGGAUCAAAACAAAGGUGUGUCUGGAGCAGUACCUACCCUCUAGGCCAAAAUCUUCUAUGGGUAUUUUUUUUCUGGCUCUUAAAAAUCCUACACUAAUUCACGAGCCAGGGUCGCACACCUCAUGCUGUGCUGCUUCACCAUCUGCCUCUUACACAUCUAUACUGCUCUUCUCCACCACCUAGAACACAGACACUCACAAACAUAUUUCCUACAAAUGCCCAGUUCCUCCCUCCUUUAGCUCCACCCUGAGAUAACUGAGCCCACUGCAAUCAGGGACUCCCAUCCCUUUCAGCAAUCUCACUGCAGCUUUUACCAAUAUGUUAAGAAACCCUGUGGUUUUGCUGUUUAUAGACCUAUUACCAAAAAUACAGGUAACACUGGCACUUUACUACCUCUGCUGGUGGCCAGUGUGUUCUAGCUCCUCUCUCCAGGCUCAUAACUUUUUGGUGGGCAGGGGACCCAAAGAUACAUAUAGGUACACGUGAAUCUGUUGGGAGGGCAGAACCUGGAGAGUCCAUCCUUUGCACGCAGAAGGUCCC